AUGAAGUUUCUGUACAAGUAUCCCCAGAAGAAGUUCCCGUACAAGGACCUCCUCGAAGAGAACGCGAGAAGAGGCAAACAGGACAAGGAAUACCAAAUCAUCGACACUGGCAUCUUCGAGGAGGACCGAUACUGGGAUAUCUUCAUCGAAACAGCCAAGGAGACCAAUGACCCUGAAGAGAUCUUGUUCCGUGUUACGGCCUGGAACAGAGGCCCUGAUCCGGCACCUCUUCACAUUGUGCCGCAUAUGUGGUUCCGGAACACCUGGGCGUGGGGCCGCGAGCCUGAGGACAAGAAACCUUCCAUCGAGGCAUACGCGGAGGGCAUGGUCAAGUCCAAACACCACAAGCUGGGCGACCGCUACCUGUUGAUGUCGCCUUCUCCAGGCGUCGGCUCCAGCGGCGAAGAUGUGCUGCCUCAAAUGAUGUUCACAGACAACGACACCAACUACGAGCUGCUGUACCAGCAGGAGAAUAAAACUCCGUACGUCAAGGAUGCCUUCCACAGGUACAUCGUACAGGGUGAAAAAGAAGCAAUCAACCCUGAACAAAAGGGAACCAAGUGCGCCGGAUGGUUCAGUUUCAACGAAGAUGGAGGUGUCGCUCCUGGCGAGUGCGCCGUCGUGCGUUUCCGCCUUUCUAAGAGAAACGAGACGUAUUUCGACGAAGGAGAGUUCGAUGACUUGAUGGACUUGAGAAUCGCCGAAGCUGACGACUUUUACUACCGCCUCAGCCCCCUCCCCAUGGCUGAUGAUCUCCGCAACAUCCAACGCCAGGCCUUCUCUGGCAUGAUGUGGACGAAGCAGCAUUACCUGUUCAUCUGGGACCAGUGGGCGAAUGGCGACCCAACGCAGCCUCCUCCGCCACCCAGUAGGAAGAAUAUCCGCAAUACUCAGUGGAAACACAUGCACUGCGACGACAUUCUGUCCAUGCCGGAUUCUUGGGAGUACCCCUUCUUCGCCGCGUGGGACAGUGCUUUUCACUGCAUUACACUGGCGAUGAUGGAUCCGGACUUUGCGAAGAAGCAACUGGAUCUGUUUACUAGGGAGUGGUACUGCCACCCGAACGGUCAAUUACCAGCAUACGAGUGGAACUUUGGUGACGUGAACCCCCCUGUUCAUGCUUGGGCAACAUUCCGUGUGUUCAAAAUUGAGCGCAAGAUGUACGGCAGGCAGGACCUGGACUUCCUUGAGAGAGUCUUCCAAAAGCUAUUGUUAAACUUCACUUGGUGGGUCAACCGCAAGGAUGCCGAUGGCAAGAAUGUCUUCGAGGGCGGCUUCCUCGGCCUUGACAACAUUGGUCUCUUCAACCGCUCUGAGCCACUCCCAACUGGCGGUUCCUUGGAACAGGCUGACAGUACCGGCUGGAUGGCUUUCUACUGCCUUAGCAUGCUGAACAUCGCUCUUGAGCUGGCCAAACACCGACGCACGUAUGAGGAUAUUGCAUCCAAGUUCUUCGAGCACUUCAUCUUCAUUAGCGAUGCGAUGACCUUCAGGACUGGCCAGAAGGACGAGAAGUCGCUGUGGAACGACGAGGAUGGUUUUUACUACGACGCCAUCUCGUGGGGCGGCCCUUGGAUCCAGCAACUCCCUGUUCGAUCUCUUGUGGGCUUGAUCCCACUUUAUGCAACGAUGACUCUCGAGCCCGAGUUGAUUAACAAGCUUCCUUCCUUUAAGAAGCGAGUAGACUGGUUCAUUGAGAACCGCUGCGAUUUGGCCGAGAGAAACAUGGCCAGCAUUGCUAAGCGUGGUAAGGGAAACAGAAUAUUGCUAUCCAUUGUCAGCAAGGACAGGCUCGAAAAGAUUCUCCGCCGCAUGCUUGAUGAAGACGAAUUUCUGAGCGAACACGGCAUUCGCUCACUCUCUAAAUACCACGAGAAGAACCCAUUCUCGAUGGAAGUCAACGGCCAGACCUUCUCCGUAGGCUACGUCCCCGGUGACUCCGACAGUGGCUUAUUUGGAGGCAACAGCAACUGGAGAGGUCCUAUCUGGCUAUGUGUGAACUUCCUUCUUGUCGAGUCCCUUCAACGGUUCUUCUUGUUUUACGGACAGGAGUUCCAAGUUGAAUGCCCAACUGGCAGCGGCGACUACAUGCAUCUAGGCCAUGUUUCCGAAGAGAUUCAGCAUCGUCUGCAGCAUCUGAUGGCCCGCAACGACGACGGUCGCCGCAGCAUCAACGCCGGAAGUGACUUGCUUGAUUUUGAUCCCCACUGGAAGGAUUACCUCUGGUUCUACGAGUUUUUUGACGGCGACUGUGGUCGUGGACUUGGAGCCACCCACCAGUGCGGUUGGACAGGUCUGAUUGCCAGAAUGAUCCAUGACACUGGGUAA